UCUUCUACAAAUAAAUACAAUUAGUUUCUAGGGUUUAAGUUUCUCAGGUGAACUUGGAGUGAACAGUGAUCAUUUGUAUCUCAAGUUGAAUCAUUCGAUUGCACAGUUGAAGUAGGAACUAGAAUAAUUGUGAUCAGAAGUGGCAGUUCCGUGUUCACAGCAAGGUGUACAUUAUACCAAGUAUGGACAUCAUUAAUACCACAGUCCUUGAAUUGUGCAGCCACGGAGGCCUAUUGGGUGUGAAUAAUGCGACAGGCAACUGUUCAUGGCUGCUGUUGGAUCCAUCUGGUGCUCCCCCUCUCUCCAGCACCCCCGAAACACGACUCCACAGACCCACCCCCACACAGGUGUGGAUGUUUGGUGGGUUAUCAGUAGCACUUAUCAGUCUCUCUGGGAUUUUUGGCGCAGUAUUAUGGCCAAUCUUCAACAGCCCUUUCUACCCUCACGUUUAUGAGAGUUCUCAUUGGACUAGCCGUUGGCUCUCUUUCUUCUACAGCCAUCUUCCAACUCAUACCUGAGGGAUUCAGUCUAAAAGAAAAUGAUCCAAAUCAUGAAUACCUCAAAGUUGCCAUGUACACCUGGUUUAGCUUCUGGGUGUUGUUUUCAGUCGAAGCAUUAACAAAGAUUGUCUUUGGAGGAAAUAAGUCAAAGAAGAAAAAUGGACUUAAAGCCAAUGCAAAUGGCCACACCUGUGGAUCACUCGGCAUCAAGGAGUUUGAACUAAAUGGAUUGUUGAGCACGUCAGGACAAGCCAAGAGGGCAUCAUUGACUAUGACAGAAACAAGCCAGAAGGUGGCAACUGUUGCUUGGAUUAUCAUAUUUGGAGAUGGUCUACACAACUUUAUUGAUGGCAUGAGCAUCGGAGCUGGUUAUUCUCACAGCAUAGGGACAGGCAUCAGCAUAAGCAUUGGUAUCGCAUGUGAAGAAUUUCCCCAUGAAUUAGGUAACUAACUACU